AUGGAAUCGCGCGCAUCUCCGACUGAGAAGGGAGAGUCGUCGACUGACAUGCAUGCUAGUGUAAUCAAUGCCGAGCUAGAAAGCGAGCGAAAGAUUGAUGAUAUCUCCCGUGACCUCAAUAGCAUUAAGACUCUGUUGGCAGGAUUCGACCUGAACAGAGUGACAUCAGCUCAAACACCACAAGAGCAACAUCCCUCCGCUUCUAUAUCUUCAAAUCCAGCGGAAGAAAAUGAUUCAGGGAACCUCCGACCCCCUGAUAGAGCUGCUCCGCCUCCUCGCUGGGAUCACUCCGCCCAUAUCAUAGACUUUGUUCAAUCCAUUAUUCGGGACAAUCUCUCAGUUCAAGCAGACACUGAGUGGAGCAGCACCGUUUCUUCGUUGAAGAGCCUUGCCGAUGCUUUGGAGAUCCCUCAUAUGACACAAAGCCAACAGCCAAAACCUCAUGAGCCACUGGAAAGCAUCCUGACGCCCCCAUUGGAAGCCGUCGUGCAAAUUCUGCGAUGGGUCAAAGAUCACUCGAGAGAUUAUAGAGUAGUCUGGAUAUGCCGCUUCCUUCCGCUCGAUGUCUUUCUAGAUAUUUGUAACAAGGUCCACUUCCGCGUCGAGGAUCACACUGAGGCUGAGUUUAUCAUCGCAACUAGUUUCUUAUCAUACGUGUUUGCUGAACAUGCAGUCAUACAUGGAGAUAUGAAAUCACAAGAAUACUGUCGCUUUUAUCGAUCCAAGGUUGGUGACGGUCUCGCGAAACUGACUCUGUUGGCGACGCCAUGCAUGGAGUUGAUCGCCGCGCUUGCUCUCGGGGCAAUUUACUCCGUGGAGGAAAGCCGAGCAUCACAGUCGUGGACCUUGAUCUCGACUGCAAUGACACUAUGUCAGACUCUGGGCUAUCAUCGGCUCAAGUCGUGCAAAGAUGACCAUCAAAAUAUGCAGUCUGACUUGUUCUGGGUCGUUUACGCAUACGAAAAGGGCCUUUCAUUAAGGCUGGGACGAUGCUCUGGUGUUCGUGACUCUGAAGUAUCGUUUACCCGUCAGGAAAACCAGCAUCGAUCCAUUCGUCUCGGGCGCAUACAGGGAAAGGCAUAUGACCAGCUAUAUAGCCCCGAGGGCUUGAACACAUCGAACGCUACCCGUUGCCAGGUAGCUAGUGGUCUUGCACAGGAGCUUCAGUCGAUCAUAGACGAGACCCAUCACGAGAUCGCACAAGCUUUGGCGGAGAAUAGAGACAUGAAUGAUGACCCUAUGAAAGUCAUAUACCUUCAUUGCGAUCUAGUUUGCCAGUCAGCCUUGACGGCUAUGGUUCUCAGGGUGUUGCCUAGCUCCCAAGGUAUGGAGGUCCACGAAAGCUGUCUCACUGUUGCUCGCAACACCCUGGACCUACAUGAUCAGUGCAUGAAGCUUGUCAACGGGUGCAAAGAUCCCCUGUUAAUACGAAGAUACAUAAACUGGGCUAUCUUGCAUACCCCCUUCUUUCCAUUUAGCAUCGUCUUCGCUCAUGCCGUGCGAUACUCAAUUGCGGAGGACUUGGAUCGCCUAGACAGAUUCGCAUCAUCGUUCAAGUCGGAGUCUAGCCAUUCAGGGCCCGUGACGCAUCCUCAUCGACUUUACGAACUUCUCUGCAAAGCCGCUCGACUCAGCGCCAAAGCAUGCCCUGAGCCUUCACACACCAGCACAUCUCUAUCAAGCUCAAGUGACUUCACGAUGAUUGAUCCCGAGGUAGUAAAUACUGUGGAUGACAUAGGCGCGACUGGGGUUGCCAUCGGGGCCGACUACGAUGCGUCGUUCCAGAUUGGGGAUUGGUUCCACAGUAACCAGCAAUUCAUGAGGCUCCUGCAUGAAGACGUACCAUACUGA